AUGAGUGAUUUAGAAGAUUUUGAAAAAGUUGAGUCAAAUCUUCCUAUUGUAAAUAGAAAAAGAGACAUAAAUGAGAUUCGUGUAAAAAAAGAAAAAAUUUUGACACUUGAAGAUAUAGAGGCAUUAGACAAUGAUGAUGAUAAUGAUGAUUGUAUGAAGGUAGAGGAUGAUGAUGAAAUAACAAUAGAAGAAAAAGAAAAAAAUUCUGGUAUAAUAUACUUACAAACAGUUCCCCCAAAAUUUAAUGUAGCAAAAAUAAGAGAAAUUUUUUCACAAUAUGGGGUUGUUAAAAGAAUUCAUCUUGUACCAAAUCCAAAAAAAAAAUUUAAAAAUCCAAAAUUAAGAGAAUACACAGAAGGAUGGAUAGAAUUUGAGGAUAAAAAAAAAGCUAAAGCAUGUGCUAAAUUGUUAAAUUGUACAAAGGUUGGUGGUAAAAGAAGGCAUCCAGCAUCAGAUACAUUAUGGGCUAUGAAAUAUUUAAAAAGUUUUAAAUGGUCUCAUUUACGUGAACAGUUAGAUUAUGAAAAACAUAUUGAAAGAAAACGUUUAAAUAUGGAGAUGUCUAGGGCAAGGAAAGAAGCAUCACAUUUUGCUGAUCAAGUUGAUAAAGGUGUAUCAUUAAAGAAACUUGAAGAAAAAGUUCUCAAAAAAGGUGGUCUUUGGGAGAGGUAUAAAAAACAAAUUAAUCAAAGACAAUCAAUUGAUGGUAAAAAGAAAGAGAAAGCUAAAGAAUUGGGUAAAAGUGAUGAUUUCAUGCAUCUUAUAUUUGAUUCUUAA